CCGUUACUGCCUGGUGUAUUUCUUCUUGUAUAACUCACAAUGUCCAAUUUAAUAAUUGCCCAGGGCAUUGUUGCUGCCCUGGCCUUUAUUAUUUAUCGCCUCUUCUUCCGCAAGAAGCAAACUCUCCUCCCACUACCACCUGGCCCAAAGCCUCUUCCCAUUCUUGGAAACAUCAACGAUCUUCCACCCCCAGGUGUACCGGAGUUUGAACACUGGCUUCCUUUCAAAGACAAAUAUGGCCCUAUCAGCUCGGUUAAUGUGCUGGGCCAGACAAUGGUCAUUCUUCAUGAUUCGGACGCCGUUACGGAGCUUCUGGAGAAGACUUCGAUGAAGACAUCUGCACGAGCCCAGUUAUUCUUUGCGACUGAAAUGUGUGGUUUUGGCGAAUUCCUUCCUGCUAUGCCAUAUGAUGAUGAAUUUCGUCAACACCGCAAGUAUAUUCACCAGCAGCUAGGGACUAAACCUCUUGCAGCUCGGUUUAGCGAUAUCCAGGAUGUAGAGUCAAAGCGUCUUCUAUUGCGUGUGCUAAACGAUCCUCAGAACUUCAUGGAGCAUUUGAAAGCUGAAGCGUCAGCAAUUAUUCUUAAGAUUACCUAUGGCUAUACCAUUGAGCCGCUUAACCCGGAUCCUCUAGUAAAGCUUAUUGAGGACGUCAUGUCGAACCUGUCUGCUGCUUUUGUGCCCAUGUCAUGGCCUGUCGAUAUCAUCCCUGCUCUCAGACAUCUUCCAGAUUGGUUCCCCGGCACAGGCUUCAAGCAGACUGCUCGCAAAUGGAGAGCUAUUAAUGAGGCCGUCGUUAGUACCCCUUACCACUUUGUUAGAAAACAGAUGGAAUUGGGUAUCCACCAAGAACAAUCAUACGUCUCUGGGCUUAUUAGAACCUAUGGUAAUGAAGAUGGUUCCGGAGUGAGCCCAGAAGACAUGAAAAUUAUUCAGCUCACAGCUACAAGCAUGUAUGGCGGUGGCGCAGAUACUACGGUAUCGACCCUAAUGACGUUUACAAUUGCCAUGAUCCUGUUUCCAGAUGUUCAGCGAAAGGCUCAAGAAGAGAUUGACCGCGUGGUCGGCUCUGGCCGUUUACCUGAGUACGAAGACCGAGACAAUUUGCCCUACACCGAUGCUAUUGCCAAGGAAGCGCUUCGCUUCUUUCCGGUAGUCCCAGUUGGAACAGCACAUAAAACGGAAGAGGAACUUUUCUUCCGCGGUUACCGCAUUCCCAAGGACUCAUACAUCCUGCCGUCUAUCUGGUGGUUCUUGCACGAUCCCAAUGUGUAUCACGAACCUGAUUCGUUUGAUCCUGCGCGCUAUUUGGAACCUCGAAACGAACCCGAUCCCCUGGGUGACGCGUUUGGAUACGGUCGCAGAGUAUGCCCUGGAAGAUACCUUGCAACCGAAAGUCUUUAUCUCACUAUUGCACGACUUCUGGCGGCGUUUACCAUUGAAAAGGCGGUGGACGAGAAUGGCAAGCCGAUUGAUGUGGAAUUUAAAAGUACACCUGGUUUGGUAAACCACCCUCAAAAAUUCGCUUACAGCAUUAAGCCGCGAAAUGAAAAGUAUGCCAGUCUUAUUCGAAAGGUGGAAAGGGACCACCCGUGGGAGGAGAGCGACGCAGUGCAUCUUGAGGGAGAUUUGAUUGAGGAAUACAAGGCGAAUUGCAAAGCUCAGGCGAAGAAAUAUCAUUAAAACAUUAGCAUAUUCAUAGCAUCAUUUGUGUUAAUUUACGUAGCUCCCCAAUAGUUCAUAUCAACUCCAUUAUGU